AUGAACAAGAUUGUGGAAGAUUGCACGGAUAAGGAUGACCUACUCAAGAAUCGUUGUCAAGGAACUCCAGAUCAAUGUGGAAACCACCGGUUGCCAAAAAUUGUGUCGUUGAAGCAUCACUGGUGGUGGAUGAUGAACACCGUGUGGGAUGGGUUAAAGGAGACUCGUGUGCACUUGGGUCAUAUUCUUUUCAUAGAGGAGGACCACUUCAUUUUUCCCAAUGCCUACCGCAAUUUGCAGUUACUUACUCAAUUGAAACUGCAUAAAUGUCCUGAUUGCUAUGCCGCAAAUCUGGCACCAUUUGAUGUGAAGUCAAGGGGAGAGGGGUGGGAGAGUUUGAUUACAGAGAGAAUGAGUAAUGUAGGUUAUGCAUUUAAUUGGACUGUGUGGAGGAAGAUACAUAACAAGGCAAGAGAAUUUUGUUUCUUUGAUGAUUACAACUGGGAUAUAACAAUGUGGGCAACUGUUUAUCCUUCAUUUGGAGGUCCUGUGUACACGCUACGAGGGCCAAGGACAAGUGCUGUUCACUUUGGCAAAUGUGGUUUGCAUCAGGGGCAGGGGGAGAAAGAUGCUUGUUUGAUAAUGGUGUGGCGAAGGUUGAAGUAG